AUGGGUCUUAUCACAGAAACAAAACAGGCUAUUCGGGAUUCCCCUAAAGGGAUCUUUAAUUGCUACCCUGAUAUUCGGAAAAUUUUCAAUGCUGAGAAGAAAGGAAACAUCGCAUCUAUCGUUGUGCAGGCACGCUUCAAAGCGAACUUUGGUCUUGAUCGACAAUCAGAACACGAGUAUGCCAAUACAAAAGGUUGGAUAGUUUCAAUUGCUACAGCAGGAGCUGUGUUUGGCUGUCUUGGGUGCCUGCCCCUUAACGAUCGGUUCGGUCGACGAUUUACCUUGCGCGUCGCAACUUUGAUAUAUAUAGCCGGUGUACUCGGACAGGGACUGUGUGGCGGAAAUAUCUCAGGCCUCUAUGCUUCCAGAUUUGUUUCUGGAAUUGGCAUCGGGGCAACCACUGUUAUUCCGCCAGUCUACAUCUCAGAGAUAUCUCCAAAAGCCAUCCGUGGUCUUCUCACACUUCAAUAUGCUGCUUGUCAGCAAUUAGGAGUGGUAUUGGGCUUUUUCAUCAACUAUGGUGUCACCAAGUCUUACGCAGGAACCAACACACAAUGGAUGCUUCCUACUCUUCUUCAACUCCUACCAGCAGGCAUUUGGGGACUAGGAACAUUCUUGUGUCCCGAGUCACCGCGAUGGUUGCUAUAUGUCGGUCAACGAGACAAAGCCCUGACUACAAUGUCCAAUCUUCGCCAUCUGCCUGUCAAUGACUCGGCCCUGCUGGCCGAAGUGACUGGCAUUGAAGCAGGAGUUCUGCACGAGAGCGAGUCUGUUGGUAGCACAGGAAUGUGGGAUCUCGCAAAGGAGACAUUUAUUCCAGUCGAGAACCGCCGUCGAUUCUUCCUGAUAUUCAUGGCGACCCUAUUCUCACAGUGGUCCGGAGCCAACGCAAUCACACAGUACUCACCGACAAUUUUUGGAUACCUCGGUAUUGAUGGAGAUGAGUCUAAGUUCUUGGCCACGGGUAUAUACGCCGUUGUCAAGUUCGUCAGCACCCUCGCUUUCGCUCUCUUCAUAGUUGACUUUGUCGGGCGGCGUCGGUCGUUGAUGGCAGGAAUCGCUUUGCAACUGGUGACUUUGGUCUAUGUCGGCGGGUACCUGGGUGGAACUAAGGAUAUGACUGCUUCAUAUAUUAGCACUGCACCUAACGUCUCUCGAGCGUCAACUGGAGCCAUUGUCGCGAUCUACUUCCAUGCAGUGGCAUGGAGUAUUGGCUGGUUCAGCAUUCCAUACUUGGUUGGGUCGGAGAUUUUCCCAACUAAGAUUCGAUCAUUCAACAUGUCCAUCUCUAUGGGAUUUCAUUGGGCAUUCUACUUUGGGUGCUCACGGGCGAUGCCGAGUUUGUUAGCAGCAACUCAGAAAUGGGGCGCUUUCGUGUUUUUCGGUUGCAUUUGUUUGAUAUCAUUGAUCUAUGUCUUCUUUGCUAUGCCUGUGAGUUGUUCAAAAAUUGAUGGAUAUGAGGAUACUGACCAUUUUUCAGGACACUACUGGAAGGUCAUUGGAAGCUUUGGAUAG